GAAUUAAGUUGGGUGACUGUAAAUUUUCUCGCAAAUUUGCGUUCAUGUUUUCUUUUGUUUUUAAUUAAUUUUUUAAUUUGUAAUUAAUGUUUUACACGUAGCAGUAGUAUUAGAAUGACAAUGGAAAGGAGGAUAAAGCUAAAAACACUAAAUAGCCACAUAACUUGUAAAAUUUGCCGCGGAUACUUCAUCGACGCUACCACUGUCACGGAGUGCUUACAUACGUUUUGCAAGAGUUGUUUAGUGAAACAUCUAGAAGAGAACAACACUUGUCCGACAUGCAACAUAGUGAUACACCAGUCCCAUCCUCUACAGUACAUCAGCUUCGACCGAACCAUGCAAGACAUCGUGUACAAACUGGUCCCAGACCUACAAGACAAUGAACUAAAGCGCGAGAGAGAUUUUUACCGAGCCCGAGGUUUACCGUGCCCGAAGGAUGCAGCGCUGGCUGCUGACAAGCCAGGGGGCGGGGACGAGCCCGAGCAACCAGAUAAUACAGACUGUCAUAGGAAAGAUGAACAGGUUAAUGUAUGUUUAGAAUGCAUAUCAACAUCGUUAAGAACGCUCAAGCGAAGUUUCAUCCGAUGCUCCGCUCAGGCAACUAUCACGCAUCUUAAAAAAUUUGUAGCUAAGAAAGUAUUGAACGGAAUGGAGAAAUAUAGAGAAAUAGACAUUUUAUGCAACGAUGAAUUAUUAGGUAAAGACCACACACUCAAGUUUGUUUACGUCACUCGAUGGAGGUUUAGAGAUCCGCCACUUAGACUACAAUAUAGACCUAAGAUUGAUUUGUAGUCUACUUAGAUAUUGACGUUUUCUAGACUUCCUCUUCCUUAACACUACUCGAAUAUCUUAAAAUAGGCAUGAAGCUACUUGUGUUUCUGUUAUUACAUUUAACAAAGAUUAUAUAAGAAAAAGUUUUUUUUUUCAAGAAUUUAUUAAAAAUUCAUAAAGCUAAGGAAUGGGCUCUUAAAUAGGUCGCAAAAGUUUGCAAUAAAGAAGUCUUUCAGA